UAAUAAUAAUAAUAAUAAUAAUAACAAUAAUAAUAAUAACAAUAAUAAUAAUAUCAACGAAACUGAUGAUGAACUUGAUGUAAAUGAAGAUUUGAAAAGAGAUGCAUCGAAACAUGCUAAAAUUAAACUGAAGAGAAAGAUAUAUAUAAUAGAUGGACAUCGUCCUUGGAGCUUGGAUAAUUUAUUUGGAUCUUCAGUUGUAGUAUGUUUUGACGAUGGAUUUGUAGAUGCUAAUUUACAAGAAGAAAAAUCAUCCUAUAUCACAUUGGUAGAGAAAUUUGCUGAUAUGGAAGAUGAAGAAGAUGAUGAAUCUUCAUCAGAAGAAGAAGAAGAUGAUGAUGAAGAAAAUGAAGAUGACAAUGAACUAGAUGCUGAAACAGAAGAUGACGAUGACGAUGAUGAAGAGGAUAUAAUAUUCAAUUCACAGGAUUCAGAAAAUACUACUAAUCGUAAACGUAAAAGAUAUGAGAAUCGAAUUAAAAAGCGAAGAAAACAAGCAAAGCAUGAAAAAUCAAAACAUGAAAAUACAGUACAAAAUUAUUAUAAUCAAGGUACAACAAUAAUUACUGCCAAUUCCACUACUAUAUAUGCAUUAUUGGCAGCAAUUGGAGAAACCAGUAUUGAAUAUUUAUGGCUAGCUAUCAUCGGUACUAGUUCUUUAGAUAAUGAUUAUCCGGAUAUUUAUGAUAAACUUCAACCUUUAUUGAAAGAUGAAGUGCUAAGAUUGAAACCCUCUAGUAAUUCAGUAAGUAAUAAUAAUGGUGAAAAGACAGCUGAUUCUACUUCACUCACUAUUGAGUUAGAUUAUCACUUAUUUUUGUUACGUCACUGGACGCUAUAUGAUUCCUUUUUCUAUUCAUCACAAGUUAAUGCUAAGCUAAAUCUCUGGACUGAAGAAGGAAAGAAGAAGUUGCAUAAGAUGUUUGCAACUAUGGGAGUUUCCUUGGCUAUGGCUCAACAAAAGUGGCUCUAUAUGGAUGUCAGAGUUAAAAAGCAAUUACCAUUUAUCUUCAGUAGAUACUUACCAAAGUAUGGGUUAGAAAGUAUAGUGAGAGAAGGAUUCAUCAGAACAUUUGGUUAUUCUGGUCAAUUGUCUGCAAUGGAAUGUGUGGAAUCAUUGACUGCGUUAUUUGAAGUAGACAAGAGGUUAUUGGGAGAUGAUAAUGAUGACUCAGAAAAUGAUAGAAAUGGUGAUGUAUCUGAUGAUGAAGAUGAAAGAGCUAGAAUUCAAGAAAAGAUUGAACGUAGAGAGAAAUCAUGGGUAAAGAAUUUCUGGUUGUCUUGGGAUGCUUUAAAUACUCAAACCACUACCAUGAACACUAAUAAAACCAUCAGUUCAAAUUUCAAGCGUUCAAAAGGGUUUGAUUUGUUACUACAAGGUUUAGAUCAUGCCAAAGUAAUUCAACAAAUUAUUUUUAGAACGGGUACUUCAGUACUUGAUAGAAAAUUGGUGACUAACUUAAGAUUAUACCGAUUAUGUGUUCUUGAUGAUGGAUCAAUUCCUGAUUUAGAUAUUUUUAACAAUCCCUUGAUGUUGAAUAAGCUUGGAUCAUGGUUAAUGGAAAAUAUUACUGAAUUAUAUAUUAUGGAUAAUAGUAAAUCAUCAUUAAAACCAUUAGUAAUUGCUAGUUUAGAUGUUGCUAGUGAUACAUAUUUGGUAAUUGGUCUAGCACCAAAAUAUCCUCGUGGUAUGGACCAAUCAACUCGUUCAAGAUUAGCAUCUACUAACAAUACCAAUGAUACUACAGUUACUACUAGAUUAAAUACAUUUAGUGUAGCUUUCCAACAAUUAGCAAAUACAUCAGGAGCAAAGAUAAGAAUUGAUAGUUUUGAUAGUUCAGUCAUAGAAAUAAGAAAAAAUGAUUUACCCCCAUUUUUAGAAAAACUCACCUUAAGUGGAUUAAUUUAGCAUUGUCAUUAGUAUAGUAUAGUAUAGUAUAGUAUCAUAGAUUUAAUAAACAAAGCAUUUUGAAAUUCG